AUGAUCAUGCGCGACAAGUUCGCCCAACAACGCAUCGACUGGAUCAAGAGCAACAGUGGCGACAUCACUGCCAAACUCGACGAGCUGACUUCCAACUCAACUCUCACUGCCGAAUGCGACAUCAUCAGUGCGCAGCGCGAGACAGCUCUUCAAUGCAAGGCAUUGCAGACAUUGGAAAGGCUGGCAAAUUCGACGAACGGGCAGACUGAUUUCAAUGGAGGACCUGGUACGGACUUUCUCAGCGACGAGCAGAAACAGAAGUUACAACAAAAGUUCGAGAAAGCGGAACUCAAACUGCAGCAACUCAGGAGUAAUGCUACAUUGGUGGGCCUCUGCGGAGACGAUGUUGUGUUCCAGCAGAAUGGCGCUAUUGGAAGUCGUCAGUUGUUUUUGUACAAUGCGAGAUGGGAAUGUGCUGACUUACAUACAGAAGUGAUUGACAACAGCGGCGCCAUCAGCAUGACGAAGAAAAGUGAUGCAAGCAGUCAUGUGCGCCAACUGGGAAAUGCUCCAUCGCUGAUGGCUUUCAUGGCUUUAACGACAGUGUCGAUGCUGUAG